CUUGGUUUAUAUUAGUUUAACUAGUUUAGCACUAUAGGUGUUUGUGUUAGAUUAUUAACAUGAAAGUUUCUAGGAUAGGCAAUAUUACUCAAGUUACUCUCAUUUUAUUAUUUUGUGACAAUUCAUGGGUUUUGGAUAGUUUGGUGGACAAAAGAGAUGAUUGUGUGAUUUGUAAAAUUAUUUCCGCUGCGAAUUCCAAGAGCAUUUCCCAAUUCGUUCUUCCACAGUUCUACCCAGGGGAUUGCGACACAGUGACUGGCUUCUUCUCGUUGGUAAGCGGGUUCGUUAAAGAAGGAGCUAAUCAGGGGCCGUAGGCUGACCACAGCUCUUUCGGAUCAUACAGAAUUCGAUCGGUUGCGUAUUCCAGAUUCACAAGUUUGACGUGUUAUGCAACUCUAAGGUCAUGGCUAGGUUAUUAUCUAACAUUCUCUUUAGAGGUCUCGCUGCUUAUCCUGCUACCCGUUCAUCCAGCGUUGGAUGUGGAUCAUGGUACCAAGUUGGGAACCGGUACUUCAGCUCUGAAUCCAAUGAUCCAGACACACAUGAAGAUUUUCGACCUACGAGCAAAGUUGAGAGCUCUGGCGUUUCAUUGAAGGACAUUAUCGAGCAGGAUGUGAAAGAGAAUCCAGUUAUGCUUUACAUGAAAGGGGUGCCCGAACUUCCACGAUGUGGGUUCAGCUCACUGGCAGUGAGGGUGUUACAAGAGUAUAAUGUUCCCAUAAGUGCUAGAAAUAUAUUGGAUAAUUACGAGCUUAAGGAUGCCGUCAAAGCCUUCAGCCAUUGGCCCACAUUCCCACAGAUAUUCAUCAAUGGAGAAUUCAUUGGUGGAUCAGACAUCAUUCUAAGCAUGCACCAGAGCGGAGAACUUAAGGAAAAGCUGCAAAACAUUAGCAAGCAAGGGAAAGCGGAGUGAAAACUCGUUUGCCGGGUUCAAAUUUUUCUAACGUGGACUAUUACUACUGGACUUUUUUGAAUAAAGUAUAUUCCGGUGUCAUGUUUUGAGUAAUGCAAACAAGUCCCUGUUUAUUUAUUUGCUUCUUUGUACGAGUUAAGUUCUGUGAGGAGUCACACUUACAUGCAUUAUGCAUUGUUUUUUUCUUCCCUCUCAUCUAAACUUAUGUAAAAUAAUUGGGACGACAAAAGCGGAAUUGUGUAUGUACUCCCGUAAUUAAAUUGGUUCUGGACGGAAGGAGUAAUAAUAAGUUGAAGGUAAG